GCCGCCGCGCCCCUCGCGCCAUGGCCACGAGGCGCCGCCGCCGCCGUCGCGCAUGCGCCGCGUGGGCGCCACGCUGGGCCGCGUGCUGCGCCGCCAUGCACACUUCGUCGGGCCGGGCAUCAUGAGCUCCGUCGCCUUCAUGGACCCCGGCAACUGGGCCACGGACCUCUCCGCCGGCGCGCAGUUCGGCUACCGCCUGCUCUUCGUGCUGCUCCUCGCCGCCCUCAUCGGCAUCCUGCUGCAGGUGCUCGCCGUGCGCAUGGGCGUCGUGAGUGGCGUCGACCUGGCGCGCGGCACGCGCCUGCUGCUCCUGCCCGAGGAGCGCAGCGCGCGCCUGACGCAGGCGCCGCGGCGGCGCUGGUACAAGACUCGGCUGGCGGCGCUCUGGCUGCUCUACUUCGUCGCCGAGGGCGCCAUCAUCGCGACGGAGCUGGCCGAGCUGGUCGGCUCUGCCAUUGCCCUCAAUCUCCUCUUCCCCGCCCUGCCGCUCUGGGCCGGCGUGCUGCUCACCUCCGUUGACUGCCUCCUCAUUCUGCUCGUCUACUCCGAGGGCCGCUCGAUGCGCGUCUUUGAGGCCAUCAUUGCGCUGCUCGUCUUUGUCGUCAUGGCCUGCUUCGGCGUGCUGCUGGCGCGCGUCGAUGCGGACUGGGGCGAUGUGUUCCACGGCUACCUGCCGUCGUCGACCGUGGUGCAGUCGGAAGCGCUCUACAUUGGUGUUGGCAUCCUCGGCGCAACCGUCAUGCCGCACGCCCUCUUCAAUGCGAGCUCGUGGGCCACGGUCAACAGGCUGGAGUACGACGCCGAGCCGCCGCGGCAGAACGAGGCGUCUGCAGCUCCCAGCCCGGCGUCGCACUGGUGGCUCGUGCGCCGCUUCGGCUCGCUGCGGCGCAGCAUGCACCGGCGCUUCGAGUCGCUGCCCUCGAUGCGCCUCGGCGGCCCGCGCAUCCCCUCGCCCGACGCCAAGGCUGCCGCUCCGGCGCCGUCGGUGGCGUCGAUCAAGAUCCACCUGGCGCACGCGACGGCAGACAUUGUGCUUUCGCUGCUCUGCUUUGCCCUCGUCGUCAACAGCGCCAUCCUCAUCGUCGCGGCGGCCUCCUUCUACUUUGCGCCGCAGCGCCAGCAAGUAGGCGAUCUCUUCGAUGCAUUCGAGCUCAUCAAGCGCACCGUGGGCCACAGCUCGGCCAUCCUCUUUGCCGUCGCCCUGCUGGCCGCCGGGCAGAGUGCCAGCUUGACCGUGACGCUCGCCGGGCAGCUCGUGUCCGAGGGCUUCAUCCACUGGACGACGAACCCGUUCUGGCGGCGCGUGCUCACGCGCGCCAUCGCCCUGCUGCCGUCGUUUACGAUUGCCGCGGCAGUGGGCAGGGGCGGCCUGGACCGGAUGCUCGUGGCGAGCCAAGUGGCGCUCUCGAUGGCGCUGCCCUUCGUCCUCGUGCCGCUGCUGGUCAUCACGAGCAGCAAGACAUGGAUGACGGUGCGCGAGGCGCGCAACGUCGGCGAGGCCGAGGCGGCGGCAGAGCAGGCGGGCAUCAAGGCCGACGAGCCGGCGACGCCGGCGGCCGUCAAGCCCGAGACGCCGGGCACUCCCGGCGCCGUGCUGCUCCCAUACGUCGCCUCGCCGCCGCCGCUGCCGCCCGCCGACGCCGAGGCGCAAGAGCGCGUCGGGCGCUUUGCGAGCCCCUGGCCCGUCGUGCUGCUCUGCUGGCUCAUCUAUGCCCUCAUCGUCCUCUGCGACGGCUUCGUCGUCGUGACGAGCGCCAUGGGCAAGUCCUGAGCCGCUCUGCCUCAACGUCUCCCCUCCUCCAAUCGUCACCGCUGCCUCCCUGUAUCAUCACGCCCCUAUACAUGCCUCCCUCCUGCCCGCGGCAUCUUGUAACAUAUCAAUCGUGCGCUGCUCCUCGCUGCCCGGGCCGCACGACGGCAUGCACGGGGGCACUGAUGCAACAGACCCGCAUCGCUGGGCGAGCGGGGUGAGCGGGCCGAACUCC